GGGGGUCCGCAGAAAGCUGGGUCGUCCAAAACCAGUACAAGUGGGGGAGUUUAGAGUUUCCCAGGCGUCGCUGAAGGCAUCUGAAGAAGAGAGCGAAGUGAGCGACGGAGGAGGGGGGAAGGGGGCGGCUCGCUGGGAUAGACAGAAAGAAACAGAGGACUAAAACCUCAUGUGUGACAGCCAGGCUGAGAGGGAGCGAACAGAAGAGACGGGGAGCUGCUGUCGCUCUGAGCGGAGACAAAAGAGGAGCGUCAACAAGGAGUUGGCGAGGUUCUGCAGCUGUCCUUCGUCUCCGUCCUUCUGUCUGUUCUUCAUCCUCUGAAUGAUCGAAGCCAUGCCCAUCGUGUCUGCAAGCACAGGGCUGCACGAGACUCUGGCCCUUCUCACAUCCCAGCUUCACCCUGAUGCAAACCACAAAGAGGACCUGGUCUUCCUCAGAGACGUCUUCAGUGAGAAAAGCAUUAGCUACCUCAUGAAGAUCCACGAGAAGCUGAGACAGUAUGAGAAGUACAGUCCCACUCCAGUCCUACACAGUGCCUCCUGUCUGGCAGAGGAUCUGGCGGAGGAGCUUCAGAGCGGCGCUCUGCAGGAGGACGAGCGAGAACUUCUGCUCCUGCUGAGCACCCCUCACCUAAAGGCAGUGCUGUCGGCUCAUGACAUCGUGGCCCAAAAGAAGUUUGAUCCAGUUCUUCCACCGUUGCCAGAGGAUUUGGACGAUGAUUUUGAAGAGGAAUCUGUGAAGAUCGUCCGCCUGGUUAAGAACAAGGAGCCGCUGGGAGCAACGAUCCGCAGAGACGAGGUUACUGGAGCUGUGAUUGUGGCCAGGAUCAUGAGGGGAGGGGCGGCUGACCGCAGUGGUCUGGUGCACGUUGGGGAUGAGCUCCGAGAAGUUAAUGGAAACCUGAUAACCCACAAACGGCCCGAGGAGAUCAGUCAGAUUCUGUCUCAGUCUCAAGGCUCCAUCACACUGAAAAUCAUCCCAGCCGUGGCAGAAGAAGACAAACUGAGGGAGAGCAGGGCCUACCUUCGAGCUCUGUUUGACUACACACCUUUUGAGGACAAAGCAACGCCGUGCCAAGAGGCGGGACUUCCCUUUAGGAGGGGGGACAUCCUCCAGGUUGUUAGCCAGGAGGACGCCACCUGGUGGCAGGCAAAGAAGGUGGGCGACUGUAACCUGCGUGCUGCUCUCAUUCCUUCCACACAGUUUCAGGAGAGACGGCUGAGAUACAGAUUAAAAAUGGGUUCCCUGCCUUCUCCUGUCCCCUCCAAAGCAUCUACAUACGACCGGACUGACAGAGAAGACUGUGACAGUAAAGGUGCUCUGAAUGGAAAAGACGUAGUUUCUCCUAAGAGUAAGGCAGCUCCUGCCUUCUGUGGCCAUGCUUUCUCAUGGGAGUUGUACUCAGCCAGCCUGCGCAGAAGUUUCCGUCUCAGGAAAGAUCAUCAGGGUUCACCGGCAGAGGCAAACACUCCAGAUGCCAAUCAAAAAGACUUCUUGAUUUACGAAGAGGUCACACAGUAUUUGCCACGACCUGGUGAGAGGCCACGCCUUAUAGCACUAAUAGGUUCUUUAGGAUCUCGGAUCACAGAGCUGAAGCAGAAGGUGAUCGCUGAGAAUCCUCGGCAGUACGGUUUGGCUGUACCUCACACGACUCGAGCCAGAAAAAGUCACGAGAGAGAAGGAGUGGAGUACCACUUCAUCAGCAGAGCUGCUUUUGAGGCUGAUAUUCAAAAUGGCAAGUUCAUUGAAUUUGGGGAAUACAAGGAGAAUCUGUAUGGCACCAGUUUAGAGUCCAUCCACAAAGUCUUGAAUCAGAACAAGGUCUGCCUGGUGGAUGUGCAACCAGAGGCAAUGAAGACUCUACGAACAGCUGAGUUCAAACCGUUCAUCAUCUUUGUGAGACCUCGCAUCUGUGACGGUCAAAGGAAAUACUUCGGCUCGUCUUCCUCGCUCAGUGUGGGGGUCACGGACGAUGACCUGCUCGAAAUGAGACAGUCGGCCGAGAAGAUGGACGAGUGCUACGGUCAUUGGGUGGACUACGUUUUGGUGAAAGAGGACCCAGUGAGUGCCUUAGAGGAACUCCAGAAUGUACUGGAGCGGGUGCAGACAGAACCUCAGUGGGUGCCUGUGUGCUGGGUGAGGCGCUAGGCAGUUGGACUUGUUGCUCAGGAAGGUUAAAAUAAAAGGAACCACUGUGUACGGACGCUCAAGUGUUUAUAGAAAUGGUGUCGACGUUAUAGGUCUGUCUGAACAUCCUGGACUGUUGUAAGUGUCCAGUGGGAGCGUGACAGCUUCACUGGUGUGCGCAUUUUCUAAGCUAGUCGUUGUCAGAGACCUGUUAUCUCCAACGUUAGAGACCUGUGUUGUGAAGUGCCAUACUGAAUUUCCAAAGCAUUUGUGUAAAAUGAACAAAUAAAUCUGAUCUGCUGGAUGA